AUGACAGAAUCAUCAACUCCCCCUCCUCCGGUGUUCAUGCCACCAGUAUUACCCCGCUCAACUGCUCUCGACGCCGCUUCAACGUCAGCUCCUCCGCCCUCCCAGAGGCCAAAUCAAUCAAAGCCCAAAGAAGAACCAAUACCCUCGACCACUUUUCCUCUGCCCAAGCUUCGCCUGGAGAUACGUGAUCUCUGUCAUGAAGGCUCGGACGCUUUCCUCAAGGCUGUCACUGCCGACAGGGCACUCGCAGAAUCAGUUCAGAGUGUUCUAUCUCUUCUCUACCGCUCUCCAGAUUCGCAAACGACAACUGUACCGACUACUAGAUCUGUAACCUUGAUUCUUCGACCUAUGGAGGGUGUGGCUUAUACAACCGGCAGUGACUUAGACAAUGAUCACAAGGAGAUCCACUUCUCUCUUGACUACAUCCAUUGUAUAGCCAAAGAGCGGAAGAAGAAAGAAAUUAUGGGAGUGCUCACGCACGAAAUGGUGCAUUGCUAUCAAUACGACGCCUUUGGGACGUGUUCAGGUGGACUUAUUGAAGGGGUUGCAGAUUGGGUACGCUUGAAUGCAGACUUGAGCCCCCCUCACUGGAAGAAGGAUGCAAACUGCAAAUGGGACGCUGGUUACCAGCAUACAGCUUAUUUCCUGGAGUAUCUCGAGCAAAGAUUUGGAAAAGGGACCGUAAUGAGACUCAACGAAAAGCUGAGGAUCGAGAAAUACCACGAGAAGAGAUUCUGGAAAGAGUUGAUAGGCCGCCCUGUCGAAAAACUAUGGGACGAUUAUAAGGCUACUUUGAAGAAAGAAAAUGAGAAGGCAGAGGAAGAGGAGUGCGUCAUUGUGGAAAAAGAGGAUGUUACCACCCGAAAUCAUCCACACCGACAGAAAAAAUCUCGCAGUAAGAGCCGCAGUAGGAGCCGCAAUAAGAGCCGCAGUAGGAGCCGAAGCAGCAGAGAGCCGAUGUUUGAGCCAGGCGUUUAG